GGGCGAUACGCUGCCAAAGAAGAUCGAUUCUCCAAAGAAGAAAAAGAACGAGUUGUUGGGAAAAAAGAAACUAGUUAUAUCGAAUCCAGCAGAGAAACAAAGUGGUGACAAAGGUUCAUCAUGUCAACCAAAACAAAGAGGGCUCAGGGUAGUUAGUUUGAACCCCGAGAGAACAUCUCCACGUUGGGAUCCACAAACUCCACUUCUCCAUUUGUCUCAUGCUUAAAAUAUCUUCUUUUUUUUUGAACUUAUGCUUAAAAUAUCUUGAGAAAUGGAAAAUAUGACCCAUAUACCAAAAAAAAAAAAUUUCAAGAGAAUAAUGCUGGCAUUUUGCUUUAAGCAUGAAGAUUUUCUUCUUGGCUUAAAUAUCUCCAACAAUGAUGAAAAUAAUAUUUUCAGAAGCGAAGACCAAUCAGAAACUAAGAUAUAUAUUUUCAUUUUUUUACUCUCAAUUAUUUUAAUACUUACCAAUCACACCAAAGAAAACCUUUCUUUUUGUCUUGCCACAAGACAGUUUUUUCAUCUGUUAAUUACAAUUUUUAUGGAUCACCUUUUAAAUAGUAUUCCAAAUAUAUAUUUUUCUUCAAAAUACAGUAAUAAGAGUAUUUCUUGAGUUCAUCCCCUAAAUACUAACCAAUAAAAAGAUGUCAUGUGUCAUAUCUUGUUUAGAAAACAAAUGUAAAAAUAAUAUUAAUUGCAAAAAAUUAAACAUUGCAAAAUUUUAAACACUAAACCUUAUAACACUAAACCCAAGAAUAACUCCAAUAAUAAUUGAUACUAAAAUGGAAAACAACCAUUUUGUAAUUAUCUAAGUAUUAAUGGAGAAAUAGACAUUAAAAGAUCCCUAUUUUGUUAUCUCGGAUUAAUAUAUUCAUGGAUUCUAGGAACUUGACCAUCUCCUCUCUCUCAAUUUUGCUCUCCUCCGUUGUCCACCAUUGUCCCACCGUCACGGUUCGUAUCUAUCUUUGCUCAAGCCUCACUCUCACAUGCUCUGGUCAUACAUGCUAGUUGGUCAUACAUGCUCAAGUCUCACUCUCGUAUCUAUCUGUUUUUAAUGGUCUCUGGUUCUUGGAAGGAUCAAAACUGCAUGUGCGAGUUAUUUAGCAUUCAUGAUAGUUUAGUUGAUUAGGAAUAUAUACAGGAGCACUUCUGUUUCUUGAUAACCAGAGUUCUUUAGCAUUCAUGAAAGUUUAGAUGAUGAAGAAGAAUAUGUAUAUUUAUAUUUAUAGGAACACUUCAGUUGCUUGAUAGACACUUCUUGUUUCAAGGUACUUAAACUAUGGAUACCAAAAAGUUGGACACUGGGUCGAGAGAUGCAAUCAGCUUCCUCCCUGAGGAGAUUCUCAGUGACAUAUUGUCCUUACUUCCGAUAAAACAGGCUGUUUCAACAUCUGUUCUUUCUAAAAACUGGAGAAAUAUAUUUAGAUUAGUGGAUUAUCUUGAUUUUGAUUAUUCUGUUUCUGUGCACCCGGAAAAGGGUGAACCAAAGAGAGGUGAGAGAUUCAAAGAAUAUUUGGAUCGAACACAACGAGAUUCGCCCAUAAUUAAAUUCUCUCUAGAACGUCACGUUGGAGAUCACAACGAGAUGGCUUACGUGAGCAGCUGGGUUAGUGACGCAGUAGAACACGGUGUUUUGGAAGUGGACGUGAGUGUAAAACCUCGCCUUGGAAUGUUGUUUAUGCCUUGUGAGCUCUUCACGAGCAAGACACUUGUUAAGCUAACGCUUGGAACACAAGUUCAAUGCGACAUACCUUCAUAUGUAUUACUUCCAUCGCUUAAGAUUCUCAUCAUCGAAACGAUUUUCUUUGCAUCUAAAGAUCUCAGUGAUGUGCUGGUCGCUGGUUGCCCUGUGCUUGAGGAGUUAUUUGUACGUCACGAGGAGAUGGAUUCACACCCUUAUUACAUAUCGAGUCGGACCAUCAAGAAACUAUCAGUUCAAUACCGUGGCUGUGAUGUUUAUUAUGAAAGUGGUUUGUCAUUUGACGCCCCAAGUCUUGUCUCCUUCGACUACUCUGACCAUGCCUUGUAUGAGUACACACCGGUUAACUUUGGAUCCCUAGUUGAAGCUCGUGUGGAUAUUCGUUAUAAUAGAAAGGUCGUUAAGCCGGAUAUAUCGGGUCUCAUGAUAGGAAUAAGUAACAUCGAGACUUUACAUCUUUCUCCAGCUUCCGCUGAUGUACGUUUUUUGCAACUUUCCUUUCUAUAAAACUUUGUUAUGACAUUCUUGAUGUGUGUGCUUCAGACGAUUUCUCGAUGUGUUAGUAGACAUGGACUACUUCUACCAAUGUUCAACAACCUGGUUAGUUUAUCUUUUGGGAGUUAGAAUGAACGAGGUUGGAAACUGCUUCCAUAUCUGCUUGAAAAGUCUCCAAAGCUUGAAACUCUAAUCAUACAGGUAUGUAUCAUUAGCAACGAUUAUAUAUGUAUAUAUGGAGAGAGACAUUAACUUAGUCUUUUUAUUUAAUUCUCUUUCAGAGUCUGAAUGUUUAUGCAAGCUAUAUCCCUAUACCUCUGUACCAAGUGAAGUUGAUGCAUAUCCUUGGUUAUCAAGGAACUGUUCAAGAGUUGAAACACUUAAAGACUUUUAUUGGGAGAAUGCAAUGCCUCGAACUUGUGCUACUGGAGCUUGCGGAAGGUGUUGUAGUGGAUGAUGGCAAAAUAUUGCAAUUAAAUAGGGAUCUUAAUCACGCUUCUCGGAAGUGCAGCAUCCAAAUGCACGACCGAAGUCGCAUUUCUCAUUUAAGUCUAGACACUUAGGGUUUGAUUAGUUGAAGUUGUGGCUUUAUGUUUUUUGCUCUAAGAUUUGUGUGUUUAAGUAUCUAGUCGUGGCUUUGAUUUUUUUUUUUUUUUUCUAAAGCACUUACCAAAAUCUCUAGAGAAAUUGAUUUCUACAACUAAUAUAUUUUAGGUUUAGAUUCAGUUUUAAAAACUAAAGUCAGGUCCGGUCCAGAGCAGAUGCAGAGUAAGCAAUUGUUUAGGAUCCUUUUUUUUUUGGGUUUUUUCAGCUGAAUUUUUUUUAAAUUAUAAAAGGGCACAUUUCUUCAAAUUUGAGUAGGGCAUCUGUGUUUGUUGGGCUGGUGCUGACUAAAGCAUGAUGAUUCUUUCAAAAGAAAGUUGUAGAAAUAAAAAUGGUUGUCUAUCCCUCUUCGUAUCACCUUCUAAGUGCCUUUUUUUUUUUGUUGAACGGGACAAAAACAACUAGAUUUAAUCUCAAAUUCCUCUCACUUUAUUUUCUUUUUAUAAUAUAUCCUCCUUACAAAUGCUCGAUUUGUAAACUGAAUAAUACUUUCAUUGAACCACAUCGUGGUGGUCUAGUGAAUUCUUCUAGAAAUUAUCAUGUUAGUCCAGGUCAGAGAUGGACUUUCCUUUAAUUAUUAGCUCCACAUGUCGCCACACGGAUAUGAGCCCAUGCUUAUGGUCCAUUUGAAUAUCUGGGAGAAGAUCCAUUUGUGGGUUGCACCUCCUACCUGAAGAUUAGGUCUGUAUUUUUAAUAGAUCUUGGUUUAACCCUUUUUUUCAAAAAAGAAAUAAUACUUUCAUUAAACUUCAAAUGGACAAGGGUGCGUUACAAAGACUAGUGAAUGGAGCUUAUAAUGGCUUGUGGCACUUACUCUCUAAGACUAAAACAAGAAAAUAAUUAAGCAGAUGAAAAAAUACUAGCUGUUGGAUGGUUUAUGACAAAAUCCAGCCAUAAAAGAAAAUAGUGUUUUCUUGAGCUUGAUAGCUUGGGUGAAAACUUGUGAUAUCUUGGGAUGUCUAGGUACACUUAUAAUGUCUAUGGAAGCUUCCAAGUGUGGUGUAGAUUUUUUUUUUUAACGCUGAUUAUUAUGACAUUACAUUUAUGAGAAAAAUUACAUAAACGAUUUGACAACCGACAAUACUACAUGUUUUAUGAAGAUUUCCGCCUAGCUGCAUCAUCUGAGCCGUCCUAUGAAGAUUCAUUCCUGGCCAGAUUUACUUGCACCAUGUUGAAGAUUCUUUGUAAGCUUUUCUUCUGUAGUCUGCAUCAAUAAAUCGCUCUUUCCCAGACUUGAAACCUGGAUUUCCUGGAAUCUGCAAGAAAUUGCAUAAUCUGGGGUUCGAACUUCAGACCUAGGUGUAGAAGCCUUUAAACUUUAAC